AUGGAGGACGUGUAUACAAUUAAAGUGAAAACAAAACCCGAUACUCGCAAUUUGUAUCCAUCUGAGAGACGCUACUCAGCUUCUACCGUGUCAGGGCUGGCGUGGGUGCAUAUUGCAUUGGCUUCAACAUCCUUUUUACUGGCUUGUCUGGCUUUGAUCAACCCUAACAAGCAACCCAUUGAGACUGACGUAGCUAUAAAUAAUUCUACUAUAUCAGAAGAUGUCAGGAAUGGUUUUAUACUAAUACUGGCGCCGAGCCUGGUCACUAUAUUCGCCCUAGCAGCCGGUGUCGCCUCUAUCCUGGCCUCAGUGAGGUGGUACAUCGAUAGGAACAUAACGUGGUUGUUUGUUAUGUCAACACUGUCGACACUUUUCUCUCUAAUUUCCUUUGUUAUGAUAAUAUUUCUCCUGUUGACCAGCGAGAACGAUUUGUCAGAUUUCUACAAAGAGAAAAUACCAUUCAGCGACAUCAUUGUAAUUAAACAUUCAGAUGUACUCGAUAGAAAUGAAUCGCAUUUCAUCAUACCGAGGAAUUCCACGGAGUUUAAGGAGGAGGAUUCGAAGAUGUUUACUAAAAGAGUUUUAUGUAUUAAUAUAUUAAUAGCGUCGUUCUUGGAGCUACUUUGGUCAAUACUGAGCAUGAAAAUAUCAUACAAAGGCAUGAGGAACAGUUACAAGGAGGAAGACAGCAGACGAGGUAACUGCGUAUCUGUUAUCACGAAGAUCAAAGGUAAUAAUACAAAAAAGAUGCCCAUGAAUGGAAAAAUAACCAAACCGAACAUCAUAGAUAACUAUCCUAGCAGAAAAAUUAAAAGGAUAUUCCUCGCACAGAGCGAAAACGGUUUUUACUUGAAGAAUCAGAAUAAUAAGAUGAAGCAGACGGAAACCAGUUCAGAAUGUUACAAGGAAAGGAUGAUGAACUUCCUGAACAGAUGCGCCGAGGGUUCCAACGAUAUGACGCCUAGUGUUCAUUCAGAAUCAAUCCUCAAUCCUAUUCCCGAAGUAGCUAGCACUGUUGCCACAGCACCAGAUACAAAAGACCCAAAAGAAGCCCGAACCACACCCGUCAGCUGGGGAGACGCUUCCGACCACACAGUAUACAAUCAAAACAAUAUAAACUUCGACAAAAUAUUCAAUUUCCGAAAAAAAACUCAAGAAUCCAACGCGGAAAAUAACGAAACAAGUGAAAAUAAAACGAAUAUGUAA